GGCCUAGCUCCCAUUAUCUCUGAAAGAUACGGCUUUAAACACUGUGUCUUUGUUCAAUGUUUCCUUCGGAUCAGAUUGAUGACUAUCUGUACGAAAUCUCUGAUAUUCCCCAUCAUGAAGAUUUUGUGCGACAAAAUCUCACAUCUGGGGAAUCCGUAGAGGGAAGUCAUCUAACACGGAGAACGGGAAAAGGCAGAGGACUUAAAAGUUUAGCGGUGGCCAACAAUAAUGAUGCCAAUUAUGCUGUUUCUGCCAACGAUGCUAAGAAGAUAGCUCGCAAGGAAAUCGAACGGGAAAGGAGACAGCAAAUGGGCAAACUCUAUCAGAAACUUAGAUCACUGCUCCCUCCUGAGUCAAUAAAGGGAAAGCGAGCUGCGUCCGAUCACAUGAACGAGGCAGUGAAUUACAUAACAUAUAUGAAAAAGAGGAUCGGAGAAUUGAGUAUCAAAAGAGAUAAGGUCAAAAAAUUAUCUAAUCGGAGUGCCUUGGAUCUAGGGAGUAGUAGUGCUAGUUCAUCAGGUAUCAACUCAUGUGUUGUAGUCCAUCCUUUCCGGGGCGGAGUAGAGAUUAUGAUAAGUAGUGGCUUUGGAGACCAAAGCUGGCAUCUCUCCACGGUCCUGCAAGCUAUCCUUGAAGAGGGGCUUGACGUUGUCCGUUGUGUUUCCAGCCAAACAAUUGAAGGGUUGUUGCAUACUGUUCAGUCAGAGGUUACUGAUCCAACACAAAUUGAUCUAUCCCGGUUGCAAACCAAGCUAAAUGAUUUGAUAUCCUACUAUGAUAAUGCUGGCUGCGGUCGCUGAUUUAUUGGCUUGCAAGUGGCAAGGGAGUUCCGUAUUGUGAACUGCCAUAUCUAGUAGAUAAACUUAGGGUUCACUUCGGUGCUUUGUUUGGCUUAUUCGGUACUAGUGUUGUUGGUGGGGGCUUAUGUGUGGAUUUUGGAACAAGGAUUUGUAUUCAAGUAUUCAACUGACAUUAGAUAUGGUAACUUUUUGUGUUAAGUUGAUUACUAAUACAACAUUUGUUAAACAAUCGAACCUAGUUGUGUUUGCCUUGGUACUAUUAUAGACAGCAUUGCUAUGGAAGAAAA